CACCACUUUAACUUUUGACGCGACUUUUAAACCCGACGCGUUUGUUAGAUGAUUUACCCUUUUUAAUCAAUACCUACCUCAUAUCACAGCUUUUCGCCUUCAAGAGACGAAGCGAUCUACCAAGGUACAAAUCUAUUCAGUAUGUCGGUUGCGUCAGCACAACAGGCUAUUACCCAAGGGGCCUUAGAUGCCAUCUUCAACGACCCUAAUCACGUCGACCAGCGCUUCCCAGUUCCUAUCUUGCAAUGCUUACAGAUCAAGCCUCUUGCUGCGCAACAAAAUGCUACCGGCCAACAGCCCGAACGUUAUCGAGUCGUUUUAAGCGACAUACGCAACUAUGUCCAAUGCAUGUUAGCGACUCAGGCAAACCAUGUCAUUCAUGAUAGCUCCCUUGUUCGGGGAGCUCUCGUUCGAGUCAAAUCUUAUCAAGCAAAUAUGGUCAAAGGAAAGAAUAUCCUAAUCAUCCUCGACCUCGAUGUUGCUUCGGAAUUAGGUGUCCAUGACCGAAUCGGCGAACCUCAAGCAUUUGAAGCUAAGUCGGAGUCGGCGAACACCGCCAUCGGUGGUACGAACUUUUACGGUGCGAAGACGGAAUCUUCAGCGCCGGUCAAAUCCGAACCGAUGUCGUCGCGUAUGGGUGGAGGUGGUAGCACCGCGAACCAUGGCAACGGAAACAUUGUCAUUUACCCAAUCGAGGCCCUCUCUCCGUAUGCGCACAAAUGGACUAUCAAGGCACGCGUAUCACAAAAAUCAGACAUUAAGACCUGGCACAAGGCAUCUGGCGAGGGCAAAUUAUUCUCUGUCAACUUUCUCGAUGAAAGUGGAGAGAUCAAAGCGACCGGUUUCAACGAGCAGUGCGACCAGUAUUACGACAUGUUACAAGAAGGUCAGGUUUACUAUGUCAGCAACCCGUGCCGUGUUUCUCUCGCGAAAAAGCAGUUCACCAACCUACCAAAUGACUACGAACUCACAUUCGAGCGUGAUACCGUCAUCGAGAAGGCCGAAGAUCAAUCCAGCGUGCCUCAGGUCCGCUUCAAUUUCGUCAAUAUUCAAGAGCUUCAGUCUGUGGAGAAAGAUUCUACCGUUGAUCUCGUCGGUGUUCUGAAAGAAGUUAACGAAGUCUCUCAGAUCAUUGCGAAGAGUAGCGGCAAACCAUUUGACAAGCGCGAGCUAACCGUAGUGGAUGAUUCGCAAUUCUCCGUCCGCGUCACAAUAUGGGGCAAGACAGCCACGGCGUUCAACACCCAACCCGAGUCUAUCGUUGCUUUCAAAGGCCUGAAGGUGUCCGACUUUGGUGGGCGAUCGCUAUCGUUGCUUAACUCCGGUACCAUGUCCGUCGAUCCUGAUAUCGAGGAAGCUCAUCGCCUAAAGGGCUGGUAUGACUCUCAAGGUCGCACCGGAGACUUUGCCUCUCACAACAACAUGGCGUCGAUGGGCUCCGCAACAGGUCGUGUAGAUCAGACAAAAUUCAUUUCUCAGGUCAAGGACGAAAAUCUUGGAAUGGAAAAUACGGACUACUUCAAUCUAAAGGCCACAAUUGUCUAUAUAAAGCAAGACAACUUUGCCUACCCUGCGUGCAGCAGCGAGCAGUGCAACAAGAAGGUGAUCGACCAAGGCGAUGGCUCGUGGCGAUGCGAGAAAUGCAACAUAGUGCACCCGCGACCUCAGUACAGGUACAUCAUGGCCGUCAAUGUCAACGACCAUACCGGGCAACUGUGGCUGUCGUGUUUCGAUGACGUCGGCCGUGUCGUCAUGGGCAUGUCUGCAGACGAGCUGAUGGAGAUCAAAGAGAAUGACGAGGAUCGAUUCCCCGCCAUAUUUGAGGCUGCCAACUGCACCAAGCUAUAUUUCAGAUGCCGUGCAAAGAUGGACACGUACGGUGAAAACCAACGAGUACGGUAUCAGGUGAUGAGUGCCAACCAGUUAGACUUCCGAACCGAGGCUACGAAGCUGUCCGACCUGAUCAAGCAACUCUCUGUUGGUUCGUGAUCGUCGUUACGGGACCAUCUCGGAAUUCGACCUGAUC